ACCAAAUUGAAGAUCAAAUUUGAAAAAAAGAUUGAAUUUGGGCCGGAACCCAAACCCAUCAACAACAAAAGCAAGCCCAGCUCUCCUCUCCUCGCUCCACUUAUCUUCACGCAAGAAAGAAAAAAAAGAACGGAGAAUUGAACCGGCGACUUCUUCUUCUCCGCAAGACCAUCUUCUUCUCCUACACUCCAACAUUCAAGUCUCCAACGGGCAAAAAUUCAACGGGAACAUCUUUCUCCUAACGGUCGGGGGGCAUUGUCAAUAAACACGAGGCAAUCUCGUGUUGUGCCCAAGGGCGUUGGACACCAACAUCGAACUCUAUAGUCGACUCCUCGCGAUAUCACAUAUAUUAGGCAAGAAGACACAUAUGUAUGACAUAGUAUAUCCAGGGUCAAUUAUAGCCAACAUAUCUAAACUAGGAUCCACAUGACAUUGCAUGACGUACGUCAUAGCAGGAGCUCGAUUGUGGUGUUACGCCGCUGGUUGCGAUGAUCUCUAUUGUUGCCAGCGUUGUGGAAACAGUUGUGAAAUAUUAACUCAGUGCCGGUCUUGGUACCUACACUUGGCUUGGCGUUGAUUUCAGCUGCGAUGGGGAUAGACUCCCAUCAUAUGACGGGCACCCGCCAUCGUUAUAACCAAUGAGGGCUUCGAAAUUCAUGCGUUAUUCAUUCUCCCUUUCAACGGCGAGAGCGGAUUGUUAGAUUCUUUGAGACUAUCUUGGCUUGCCGGAGCGAUUUUGUGCUAAAUCUCCGAUGAGUAUGCGAGGAAGGAACCAUCAUUAUCAGUACACGCAGCAGCAGCAACAGCCUCCUCAACCCCAGCAGUAUGGCCAGCGGGCCUUGCAGAAUCAGUCGCAACAACAGCAGCAGUGGCUGCGGCGGAACCCUAGCGGUUCUAUGUCGGAAUCUUCAUCUAAGGAAAUCUUGAAAACUGUACAAUCCGAAGCUAUUGAUUCCAGCUCUCAAGAUUGGAAGGCUAGGCUAAAUAUACCCCCUCCUGAUACUCGUUAUCAGACUGAGGAUGUGACUGCAACGAAAGGAAAUGAGUUUGAAGAUUACUUCUUGAAACGUGAGCUACUUAUGGGGAUAUAUGAGAAGGGAUUUGAAAGACCUUCUCCUAUUCAGGAAGAAAGUAUCCCUAUUGCACUAACUGGUAGUGAUAUUCUUGCUAGAGCUAAAAACGGAACUGGAAAAACUGCUGCCUUUUGUAUUCCUGCGCUAGAGAGAAUUGAUCCAGAGAUCAAUGCUAUUCAAGUUGUUAUACUUGUCCCUACUAGAGAGUUAGCACUUCAGACAUCUCAAGUUUGCAAGGAAUUAGGUAAACACUUGAAGAUACAAGUAAUGGUUUCUACAGGAGGAACUAGUUUGAAAGACGACAUCAUGCGAUUGCAUCAGCCAGUUCAUUUACUUGUUGGAACUCCUGGAAGAAUACUCGACCUUGCCAAAAAGGGCAUCUGUGUUUUGAAAGAGUGCACAAUGCUGGCUAUGGAUGAGGCUGACAAACUUUUAUCCCCCGAGUUUCAACCUUCUGUGGAGCAUCUAAUCAGCUUUCUACCCGAGCACCGGCAAAUUUUGAUGUUUUCCGCUACAUUUCCAGUGACUGUCAAGGAUUUCAAAGAUCGAUAUCUGAAAAAACCUUACAUUAUUAAUCUAAUGGAUGAGCUUACUCUGAAAGGUAUUACACAGUUUUAUGCGUUUGUAGAAGAGAGACAGAAGGUCCAUUGCCUCAAUACCCUUUUCUCUAAGCUGCAAAUCAACCAGUCAAUCAUAUUUUGUAACUCUGUGAAUCGAGUAGAACUGCUUGCAAGAAAAAUUACCGAGCUUGGCUAUUCUUGCUUUUAUAUCCACGCUAAGAUGCUACAAGACCAUAGGAACAAAGUUUUUCAUGACUUCCGCAAUGGUGCAUGCAGGAAUCUUGUCUGUACUGAUUUAUUCACCCGUGGUAUAGAUAUUCAAGCUGUCAAUGUUGUAAUAAAUUUUGACUUUCCUAAGAACUCGGAGACUUAUCUGCACAGGGUCGGUCGAUCAGGAAGGUUUGGGCAUCUUGGAUUAGCUGUGAACCUGAUUACCUAUGAGGACCGUUUCAAUUUGCACAAAAUUGAGCAAGAACUUGGCACUGAAAUAAAACCAAUUCCUCCACAUAUUGAUCAAGCCAUUUACUGUGCGUAGUAUCUGAAGAUGCGCUGACUAUGGUGAGAUAAGUAUCAGACAGUUCAUAGAAACAUCGGCGCUUAGCGGCUACAGGAUACUUA